UCAGAGUACUUUAAAUAAUCAACAAAGAUAGCAAACAGGAUAUGAAAGUUAUGUACAGGUGAACAUACAAAUUAUCAUUCGACUUGUCGAGCUAGAAGAGGGAUAAUGAAUGUUAGGGCCUGUGCUUUGCUUUUACUACUGGCGAUUCUGGAGCUGAAACAGUGCUCCGGCAUAUGCUGUAACAAUGAUGGCGAUUGUCCGGCAUACCACUGUUGUGAGUCCCAAAGGAGAGGAAGACGAUCAGUAGGGUGCUCUGUCAGCAGUGGAAUAUGUACACCCUUCGGUGCUCAGCAGCAACGUUGCCAUGUUGGACACAGAUUCACGUGUCCCUGUCUCCCAGGAUUAACUUGUGUGGGUACAGGAGUUACCGAGAUUCCACAGGGAGAGAUUGGAGUUUGUCAAAGGUCAAGAUACGGAUAAAAUAUCCCGGUAAUUAAUACAAAGGAUGGAGUUUAUUAUAGUUAAAAUUUAAUGCUGCCAUACAAAAUGUUUCAGACGUCGAAAAAAUGUACAUUAGACAUACAGCAGGUGCCUUUAUUUGUACAUGUAACAUUCAAAUAAUAUUUCAAAUGCUUUGGUUUGUUUUCACCAAGAUUGAAAGCGAUUCUUUAAAUUUUUACUAAUUUGUGUACUGUACAUCUUGAAAAUUUCAUUUUCACAUGGUUGAUGUCAAUUUAUCUGUAAGAAUUUUCGAGCACAGCUGACAUUGUUCUAAUAAACAAGGAAACUGACACAAUAAAUUUUCACGUUUGUAAUUUAAAAAUGAUGUAAAAUAAAUCGGGA